CGAAAAAGUAUCAUUCAACGAUCGAACAAUCCAUCGCAAGCACAACAACUCAAUUCACUUUCAAUCAAAAGCAAACAAGCUAACAGUAAAUUCAUAGAAAUGGCUUACAAAUUCGUCGUACUCUCCGCACUUUUGGCCGUGGCCAGCGCUGGUGUUUUGCAACCAGUGACCUACGCUCAUGUCGCCAAUCCCGCUGUGGAUGCCGUCGCCUCCAGCCACCAGAAUGUCGUGCGCACUUUCGAUGGCACCGUCUCGCAGUACUCGAAGACCAUCCAGACUCCCUACUCCAGCUCACACAAGUCGGACACACGCGUCAGCAACAAUGUCUACCAACCCGCUGUGGCCAAGACUGUCUAUGCCGCUCCAGCUCCAGCUGCUGUGUACACUCACUCCGUUCCAGUUGCCAAGACUGUUGCUUAUGCCGCUCCAGCUGUGGCCAAGACUGUGACUUAUGCUGCUCCAGCUCCAGUGUACCAUCAUGAAGUGCCCGUUGCCAAGACUGUGACCUAUGCCGCUCCAGCUCCAGUGUACCAUCAUGAAGUGCCCGUUGCCAAGACUGUGACCUAUGCUGCCCCCGCUGUGUCCAAGACUGUUGCAUAUGCCGCUCCUGCUCCAGUUCCAGUAUACCAUCAUGCUGCUCCAGUAGCCACCACCAACUACAACCAGGGAUCCGCUGCGACCACUUACACCCACAAUGCUCCCGGUGUUUCCGGUUAUGGCUCCAGCCAGACCGUUCAGUACUCACCAGCUGAGACUGCCUCUCACAUGAGCUUCGAUGGUUUCGGUACCCACUGGGGUUGGUAAAUAAUUUCUUUUGAAAUUAUAUUGACUCAUUCUGUUAUGCAUGAUUUACAUAUACCAUAUAUAGAAGUACAUAUAAUUGUUAAAUUUUACUUUUAAUUUGUUGAAAAUUUGUUGUUGAAUAAAAUGUUUUGGAUUGAAGUUUAAGCAAAUAA